CUGAAACGUCAAAUUAGUCACCAAACAAUCACCGUAAUGUCAGUGCACCUUGUAUGAAAUUGUAUGAUUUUUGUUUAAUAUUGUGGAAAUGGAAGGAUCUCUAAGCAAAUGGACUAAUGUUAUGAAAGGAUGGCAAUACAGAUGGUUUGUCUUGGAUGAUAAUUCUGGUCUACUAUCAUAUUACACGUCAAAAGAAAAAAUGAUGCGUGGCGUUCGGAGAGGGUGUGUUCGUUUAAAAGGGGCAGUGAUCGGUAUCGAUGACGAGGACGAUAGUACGUUUACGGUUACCGUUGACCACAAGACCUUCCAUUUUCAAGCAAGAGAUGCCGAAGAAAGGCAAAAAUGGGUUCACGCUCUAGAAGAAACUAUUAUUAGGCACGGGAACAGGUUGAGGUACGAAACUCACCAUCCUUCGCCUACCAUCAGAGAUUUUGAUAAUAGAGUAUCUGAAGCAGAUGCAUAUCUACAACUUAUGAUAGACCAAACUAGGAAAUUAGAAGACAGGAUAAUUACGAUAACAGAUCCUGAUGAAGCAGUAAAAUGUCAGUUGAUAUUAGACCACGCAAAUAUAAUGUUGGAUAACAUUAAGCACUCGAUAGUAUUGUUACAAAUAGCCAAGAAUACGGCGCAUCCCGUGAAUGGUAUUUAUCACCAGAGACCUGGCACUUCAACGACCAACGUUACCUCGACAGGGCUCGAACCUGUACCCGGAGAUGCAGUGGUUCAACCGGGCAUCGAGUUAGGUUCAGAAUGUCUUGAAAAUGCGAGGAGGCACAGCAGGACUAUCAAUAAUCCGACAGCUCUGGUGGUACCAGAUAUGUCGUAUUCGAGUUCGGAGGGAGAAGACGAUUUUUAUGAUGCCAAUGAUUCCCCUUUCUCUGCCGGUAGCCAGCUUCCUUCACCUGCUAGUAUAAGGUCUUUCGCCGAAGAUGCCCAGACUCCCGUUACUGUUAAUAAAUCAAGUAAUAUACUAAAUAGCAGACAAGAUAGUGUAAGAUCUAGGACGACAAAUUUUGAAGAUCUUGAUUAUGAUGCUCUAUAUGAAGAGAGUGACGACAACACAUUAGAAUUAGAAAUCCAUGGUUCAGUUAUUAGACACCUGUUAUCACAGGUUAAAAUAGGAAUGGAUCUGACAAAAGUAGUCUUGCCAACGUUUAUUUUAGAAAGGAGAUCGUUAUUAGAAAUGUAUGCAGAUUAUUUUGCACAUCCUGACAUGUUUAUUAAAAUUCCCGAUAUCAAAGAUCCUAGAGAACGCAUGGUUCAAGUAGUCCGGUGGUAUCUUUCCUCCUACCAUGCAGGCAGAAAAAGUACAGUUGCCAAAAAACCUUACAAUCCCAUACUCGGCGAAGUAUUUCGAUGUCAUUGGGAUGUACCAAAUUCCAAUAAUGGCUCGGAUGACAGCACGGUAGACGAUGGACCUGUACCGUGGUGCAAAAGAUCUCAGCUUACGUUCGUUGCUGAGCAGGUCUCUCAUCAUCCUCCUAUCUCUGCAUUUUACGCAGAACACUACAACAAACGGAUUAGUUUUAACGCGCAUGUAUACACGAAGUCGAAAUUCCUCGGUCUAUCGAUAUGCGUCUAUAACAUUGGUCAAGGAAUUGUGCACGUUAUCGACUACGACGAAGAGUACAUAUUAACAUUCCCAAAUGGAUACGGAAGAUCCAUUCUCACCAUACCAUGGAUAGAAUUGGGCGGCACUGUAACCAUAAAUUGUCCAAAAACGGGCUAUAAUUGUAAUAUAGAAUUUAUCACGAAACCGUUCUAUGGUAACAAGAAAAACAAAAUAAGCGCCGAGAUUUUCGGACCGGAUGAGAAGAAACCAUUUUUAUCUGUGUCCGGGGAGUGGAGUGGUGUAAUGGAAUAUAAAUGGACUGAAAGAGAGACUGAGGAACAGAUAGACGUAAACCAAUUAAAUAUAAUAAAAAAGCAAGUGAAGCCAAUCAGUCAGCAAGAAGAGAACGAAUCCCGUCGACUUUGGAAAGAGGUAACAGCGGGUCUGAAAUUCAAUGAAAUUGACAGAGCGACGGCGGCCAAGCAAUCUCUUGAACAGAAACAGAGGGACGAAGCAAAGGAUCGAAAAGACACUGGUCAAGAUUGGCCUACAAAGCUGUUUUACAAAACCGGGGAAGACACCUAUUCAUACAUAAAACCUCUACGGCAAAGGUUACCAUGCUGCGGUCAAGCAACGAACACUUGAGAAUACGAGACGUCUCGUAUAUGUUACGAUUAAUAUUAAGCUUUUCUAAACUUUCUUUGAAUCCCACUUUCGCCUGAGUUAUUUGUUAGUGAACUGUGAUAUAUAUCAACAUGAAAGAUGUAUUUUUAGGGAUUGAUUGAGGUAGUUUAUUCGAAAGCCGUUGUUCAGAUUCGAAAUAUUCAUAGGGUUUUUCAUCAAAUACAAUUUUUCGAAUGAGAGCAAUUAUUAUGGAAAAAUACAGAUAUCUACAUUUUAAUAAAUAUAAGAAUAGGCGAUAAUUAUUAUUGAAUAUGUUGAGUUUUUAAAAUAUAUGGUGGUAUAGAGGCUUAUUCAACGAAAAAGUGAAAAUAAAAUAAGAGUUUAAAAAGAAAUUAAUUAUUUUAUUGAGUUAUAGGUAUUAUAAAAUAUUCUAAAAUGCAAUUGUAAUGUUGAUAGUUACUCGGCGGAUUAUUUAAAUGUACAAGCGUCAGUUUCGGUAAAUGGGUUGAGUAUGAAGAGAUCUUACAUUAUUUAACAAUUCAGGAGAAACACUUGACAACUCGUUCCUUAUUUUUAGUUUGUAAUUA